UUUGCCCUUCCGAAUGCAAGCAUGGUGCCUGCACCCCCAAUAAGGAGUGCUGUCAUGACCAGUGUCUGGGCGGCUGCUCCGUGCCAGGGAACUCAACCACAUGUGUUGCUUGUCGCAACUUCCUGUUUGGCGACACCUGUGUGGAUCACUGCCCGCCAGGCUACUACACCUUCAAGGGAUGGCGCUGCGUGUCCUUUAAAUUCUGCCAGAACCUACACAACCAGUGCAAGGGCAAGAGCAGUGAUUGCCACGAGUAUGUCAUCCACAACGGGGCCUGUAUCCCUGAAUGCCCUUCUGGAUACACCACCAUGAACUCCACCAUGCUGAACUGCUCUCCGUGUGCCGGUCGCUGUCCUAAACUGUGUACGGGAGUGAAGACGGUGGACUCUGUAACAGCGGCUCAGGCUCUUCGAGGCUGCACGAUUCUCAACGGGAGUCUGAUCAUCAAAAUUCGUGGAGGAAAUAAUAUCGCAGCAGAGCUGGAGUCCAGUUUGGGACAGCUGGAAGAGAUCACGGGCUACCUGAGUAUCCGCAGAGCAUACGCACUUGUCUCUCUCUCCUUCUUCCGCAAACUACGCGUUAUCCGCGGUGAAACCCAGGAAGUUGGGAACUAUUCAUUCUAUGCUCUGGACAACCAGAACUUAAGACAGCUGUGGGACUGGUCCAAACACAACCUGACCAUCCCUCAAGGCCGGAUGUUCUUCCUCCACAACUCAAAACUCUGCAAAGCUGAGAUCCUCCGGAUGGAAGAGGUUACCGGGACCAAAGACAGGGUUCCCAGAAACGAAAUCAACAUACCUACUUAUGGAGACCAGGCCUUUUGUGAAAAUCAAGGUCUCAGAUUCACAAAAAUCCGCAAAUCCCACGAUAAGAUACUCAUUAUAUGGGAGCCAUUCUGGCCACCCGAUUUUAGAGACCUGCUGGGGUUCAUGGUCUUCUAUAAGGAAGCGCCUUAUAAGAAUGUGACUGAAUAUGAUGGUCAGGAUGCUUGUGGCUCUAACAGUUGGGCAAUAGCUGAUGUUGAUCCGCCGCAACGUGCCACAGAGGGUAAAGAGCAGGCAGAACCGGGACAUCUCAUCAUGCCUCUAAAACCCUGGACCCAGUACGCCAUCAUGGUCAAGACCCAGCUUGCCGCAUCUGAUGAUCACCAGGUCCGCGGCGCAAAGAGCGAGAUCAUCUACGUCCGCACCAAUGCGACACGACCCUCUGUACCUCUGGACCCCAUCUCCUCCUCCAACUCCUCCUCACAGAUCAUCCUCAAGUGGAAGCCACCUUCCGACCCCAAUGGCAACAUCACCCACUACAUGGUCUUCUGCCAGAAACAGGAAGAGGACAUUGAAUUCUACAAGUAUGACUACUGCCAGCAAGGGAUGAAAGUGCCAUCUCGUACGCCUGCGCAGUACGACACAGAGGAAGAACAAAAGUGGAACCAGACAGAGAUCCCUGGCCAGACCAGCAACUGCUGUGCCUGCCCCAAAACUGAGACUCAGCUGAAGAAGGAAGCCGAAGAGACGGAGUUCCGCAAGACCUUUGAAAACUACCUCCACAACGAAGUCUUUGAACCCAAACACUCACGACGUCGCCGCUCAGUUGCCAUGGCUAAUGCUACCUUGCCAAACUUUCUGACCACGCCCUCCAUCCUACCCAACAUCUCCACUACUCUGAGCCCAAAGGAGAACAAGAGUCGGAAGCUGGAAUUCAUGGUCAGCGCCAAAGAGUCCAUCGUCAUCUCCAACCUGCUCCACUUCACCAGCUACAAGAUCGAGAUCCUGGCUUGCAACAAACAAACAGACCAGAGCCGCUGCAGCUUGCCUACAUUUGUCAGUGCCCGCACUAUGCCUGAAUUAAAAGCGGAUGACAUCGUUGGAGCGGUGACUCAUGAAAUUCUUCCUGAAGAACCGGAGUUUGUCUAUAUCAAAUGGCAGGAGCCAAGAGCACCCAAUGGCAUGAUCAUACUGUAUGAAGUCAAGUACCUAAGAAUGUCUGAUAAUUUUGAGGAUCAAAUCUGUGUCUCCAGAAUCACUUACGUGAAAAAUCAUGGUUGUCGACUAAGAGUAGGGCAUCCUGGAAAUUACAGCGUAAGAAUCCGCGCCACCUCGCUGGCUGACAACGGUUCCUGGACGGAGCCUGCAUACUUCUCUGUUCCAGACAGGGAAAUGAACAUGAAAAUCAUCAUUGCUCCGGUCAUCUGCUUCAUCGUUUUGCUGUUUCUAGCCUGUACAGUCGUCAUCGUCCUUAAGAAGAAACAAACUGAAGGACCGACUGGCCCCUUAAUUGCAUCUUCCAAUCCAGAAUACAUUAGCGCAAAUGAUGUGUACAUUCCAGAUGAAUGGGAGGUGCCUCGCGAGAAGAUCAACGUUAUGAGAGAACUCGGUCAAGGCUCGUUUGGAAUGGUGUACGAAGGCAUCGCUAAAGACAUUGUGAAGGGCGAGCCCGAUACACGAGUGGCCAUAAAAACAGUUAACGAGUCGGCAAGUCUGCGCGAGAGGAUCGAGUUCCUAAAUGAAGCGUCUGUCAUGAAAGCCUUUAGCUGCCAUCAUGUGGUUCGUUUGCUAGGUGUGGUCUCUAAGGGGCAACCAUCAUUGGUUGUCAUGGAGCUGAUGACCCAUGGAGAUCUGAAAAGCUACCUGCGUAGUCUGAGACAUGAUGCUGAAAAUAACCCAGGCCGUCCACCGCCAACCCUCAAGGAGAUGAUCCAAAUGGCGGCGGAGAUAGCAGAUGGCGUGGCAUACCUCAACGCUAAGAAGUUUGUACACAGAGAUCUUGCUGCCAGAAAUUGCAUGGUGGCUGAUGAUUUCACAGUAAAAAUUGGAGAUUUUGGCAUGACACGAGAUAUCUACGAGACUGAUUACUAUCGUAAGGGUGGUAAGGGGUUGCUGCCCGUUAGGUGGAUGGCGCCAGAGUCUCUUAAAGAUGGCGUUUUUACUGCUCACUCAGACUGCUGGUCUUUUGGAGUUGUAUUAUGGGAGAUCAGCACGCUUGCUGAGCAGCCUUACCAGGGACUGUCCAACGAGCAAGUGCUCAAAUUUGUCAUGGACGGAGGAUACCUGGACAGACCAGAGAAUUGUCUAGAAAGAAUGCACAACCUCAUGCAGAUGUGUUGGCAGUACAACCCCAAGAUGAGGCCAUCCUUCCACGAGAUCAUCGAGAUGAUCAAGGAGGACCUGCAUCCCUCGUUCCAAGAGGUCUCCUUCUUCUACAGCGAGGAGAACAAACUGCCCGAGAGCGAGGAGUUUGACAUGGACUUUGAGAACAUGGAGAGCAUACCACUGGACCCCUCAUCCUGCUCCCAACGAGAGGAGAACCUCAGUAGAGACAAUAGCCCCCCGGUGGGCUUACGGGGCAACUACGAGGAGCACGUGCCCUACACGCAUAUGAACGGUGGAAAGAAAAACGGCAGAAUUCUGUCUUUACCCAGAUCUAGUCCGUCCUAACAGUUGCUUCAGCUUUUUUCUCACUCAUUUAAAAAAAGAAAAAAAAAAGAAUUUCUAAAUGCAUUAUUUUUGCAGAGCCCCUUAAAAAAGAUAAAGAUCUCAGGUCUUUUUGUUGUUGUUGUCCCCUCCUCAUCGCAUCAUUAGCAUGGUUACAAGGAUGCAGACGUUUUGCCCAUUAUCAGAUACACCGUCUGCUUUCUGAUACUCUUUUACACAAUUUUUGAGACAGUUUGGAGAGGGGAAAAAGAAACUGUGAACAUCACUAAAUCAACCAUAAAGCUGCUGAAGCUACGUUAACCCCAGUGUCUACUUCCUUUAUCCCAUGGAUGUUUAUUUCUUGUUUUUUAUUUUAAAUUCAAAAUCUUUUAAGAUAGUGGCCUUUCAUUAAGUGGCCUAUAAACAAAGAAAAGUGUCUAUCAGUGUGCUUGUGUUAAUGUCCAGAGAAGAAUGACUUCACAUUGUGGAACUGUGGGAUGGGAUAUAUUCUUUUUAGAACAAAUGUUUGUUUUUGUAGAGGAAUGACUAUAUUUUGUCCUGGAGAUAAUAUUAUGAUAGAUAAUAUUCAGAUGGUGUUCUGGUGAAUGAGUUUUUAAUUUAUUUGCUUUAUUGUUUUGAUUAACUCUUUUCUCUGAGCUUUUAAACACCUGUGUCCUUUUUUCUUGCUGAAGGAUAUUUAACAGUUAUGAAUUGGAAAAAAAAGUUCCUCAGACUGACCAAUAGAUGCUGCUCUGAUAAAUAA